CGGUAAUGAAUCCCACCAAAAUCUAGCAAUGCGAUAAUUUCCCCUCAUGCUACAAUCUCAUAAACACUAAAAUAGCAACUCACUGCUCUAUGUGAGCCGGUUCGGUCGCCAUGGAGGAACUCUUCACACCAGUGAGCACAACCUAUCUUAAGGCAAAGAUUGAAGAGCCUCAGUUUCGGGAAUCAAAAUCGUCUCAAAGUGAGACGGCACAACCUGUUUCUAUAUCGACAAUAGAAACUUUGGAUGACGCCAUUGAAGUUUUGAAGAACGAACCAGAUUAUGAUACUCUUGUGAAAAUACUACGCUACAUAUCGACGACGCCAGCAGCACAGGUGCCUAGUCCCCAAAGCGCCGCGCUUAUUCAGACAAUUAUUACCGACAUUGUUCCAAAUUAUUGGCCAUUGCUUAUUGAAGGAUCAGAAACUACAGACAAAGAUGAAAAUCAAAAUCUUAACCUGCUAGUUAGCUGUCUCCGGAACGUUACUGGCCUGAACGCGCUGGUGGCAAACAUCAAGUCACUCGUGCAGCAUACAGAGCAGACAAAAGGCCCCAACCAACACUCGGACACAGUUCUUCAUUUCGUUUCAUUUAUACAGUUAACUUCUGCUGUGCUGGAGGGCACAUCAUCAUUAUGGGAUAUUUGUUCAGCAUCGAUCAACAGGCUCCAAGAGGGCCAACAGAAAAAGCUUCUGACGCAAACUCUAGUUUCUCUGACGGCUGGUGGCCGAGUCCUUUCUAUAGUAUCAGCUGCUAUCGACAAGAUUGGAAAGGAAAAGGUACCGAAUACCUGCCAUUGGAUUGGAGAUGGUCCCACGUACACUCAAUGGGUUGCUAAAAAUGUUGUCAUGGCAAUUCAAGCAAAUCCUGAUGCCAAAGAAAUCUGCUUUGAACUGGUCCAGCGAUGUAUGUCGCUGGGAUAUUCUGAUGCGCUUGUUCAACUUUUGAUCAAGGAACUCCUCCUUGCUCCUGGAGCAUCAGCGGCCGAUUUUGUCGCUUGUUGCUUCCUUCAACCACAGCGUGUCAAGAAAAUUCUCGAUAUUCUACUAAGCUACUUGGCGAGGGAAUAUUUAAACCAGGCCACCGAAACUGUUGAUGAUGUCGUUUCAGCAGCCGCACAAAUUCUUACGUCUGUCAUCGCAGGAGACCGGUUUAGACAGGAGCACCUUGUUAACUGGUGCGUCUCCUCAUCAGGUGCCGGGUUAGGAGAUGCGGUGGGAAUUCGCCGCGCGGUCCUAGCCGUUCUCUCGCAAGACAAAGACGUAAUUGUAAACGUCUUUGAGAAGUCGCUGUCACAGUUUGGCGAUGAACUGUACAUCAAGCACGCUGCCAUUCUACAGCAAGAUGUCCACACGGAGAUUCUCCUUCUCAGUGCUGGCUAUGUGCAUAGACUUGCACCGAUGAAGUUGAACAUGCUCAUGCGCUCCAGCACCUACUUAACAACCAUUUCGAACCGCAUAGCAUCGACACAACCACGCCUUCGUUUACUCGGUAUGGCUGUUGGUGAAACACUGUCUUCGUUAAAAGACGGGUCUGAAACAAAACUCGAUUUCAAGUUAGAUGAAGGCGAAUCGGCGGAAAUUGCGUCUCUCAAAUCUCUAGUCCAUGUGGUCGAUAAGCCUGGAUCUAUCGAGAGUAUUGCUCGCCCUUCUGGGAUAGCAACUACUCCUUCAACCAAAGCUGCACCACAAUCUAAGCCUUCAAAACUUCAACCUACGAGACCCAAGCCAGCUUCAGCUGUCACUACGAAUUUACCGAAAGCCAUCAUCGAAGAGAUCGACUCCUCGGAGGAUGAUGAGGAUCUCAUCCCUUACCCUAAAGGAUCUGACCCGGAAGACUCUGAUGAAGAUGCUACGCUUGUACAAAGAAACAAGAUCAAAGCUCCUGUAUACAUCCGCAACCUAAUCCUAUACUUCCGUGAUUUGGAAUCAUACGAUAAACAAAAGCUCGCGCUAAAGACAGCGCCCGUCCUAAUUAGACGAAAGGCAAACUAUGGUACUGAGGUCAGCUCUCAUGCUGAUGAACUAGCCACAAUAUUGGUCGGUUUGCAAGACAAGUUUGAACUGGAAGACUUCGAGGAACAAAAGCGACAAAGCAUUAUGGCGCUUCUCGUAGCCCAACCGAAGCUCAUGGCUCCAUGGUUUGCCAGGUCUUUCUUCGAAGGAGACUUCUCACUCUCACAGAGAACAACUAUUUUGGUAUCCAUUGGUCUUGCAGCGAGAGAAAUCGCAGGGUACGAUGUCUCAAUACAUCAAGCAGCGGCAGCAUUUCCUAGCAAGCAACUGCCUGAGAAGAUUGAGUCGUUGUACUUGUCUGACAUGCCAUCUUCUACCCCGGAUACACUCCCGAAUUCACAGCUAAAAGCACUUCCCGCGAAUGCCAUUGAGUCGAUAUCGAAGGACCUCGUUUCAAACUUCUUAGCUCCAGUAGCAGCUGAGGCGGCAGAUUCACAAUCUGGCCCAGACGUUCUCAAACUUCAGACAUACAAGGCAAGAUACAAGAACAGCUCGCUGACAAGGCCCAAGGUUCGAGCUAUACCAAACACUACCGCGUCUCUACUUGCAUCGUACUUCUUUUCGCCGUUGACAGCGCAUUUCCAAGUUGCGCUGCGGUCCCCUCGAUCCGUUACGCUCAACCCUGCGCUGCUAGCCAUUUAUCUACAGACACUCGGUGUGAUUGUUCACUCAGCUGGCCCUUCAACGUUGUCACUCCCACAACUUACAUCUGAACUCUGGAAUCUACUGCUUGGUGUCCGGGUUCAUGCUGUUGAAGACCUUGGGGCACUUCGGGGUUGGCUCGUCGCCAUGGCUGCUCUUCUUGAGGUCAACGGCGGAGACAUGCGACGUCUCUGCGAAACGCAAAGUAGGGAAAUCGUUGAAACCAGAGACUGGGUGAGUCGCGUGUUUGAGAGAAUUAGAGGUGGAGAUGGAGGCGACGAAAAUGAUGUCAAAAUGCUGGCAGCAGGCGUGCUCAUCAGACUCGGAGAGGCAAUUGAAAAGUAUCAGGCAUUACUUAUGGGCGACAUGAUUGGGUAUUCGUGAGGUGGCCGCUAGACAUAUAAUGGAUUACAAUAAUUAGGAGAGAAGAGUGAAAUGAUAAGCACUUGAUUUUG